UGUUUUGAUGGGAAUAUAGGUCGCUCGUGCAAGCUCUAUAACUACAAAUGCAAGGGAUUCUCUAUACCAAAGCUUGCCACCUGGUAUAAAAUUGGCUCUACGUUCCAAGAUUAAAUCUUUCAAUGUUGAUAAGGAGCUUUCGGUUACACAAAUUAAGGACGAGAUGGAGAGAACACUACAUUGGCUUGUCCCUGUUGCAGGCAACACAACCAAAGCGCAUCAUGGUUUUGGUUGGGUUGGAGAGUGGGCAAAUACAGGGACUGAUUUCACUAGUAAGCCUAGUGGUGGAGAUAUACUACGUAUUGAAACACUCUAUCACGCUAGUAAAGAAAAGACAGAGAUCUACAUUCUUGGACAGAUAAUUUGGUUACAACAUUUGGUUACAAAAGCAAAGAGCGAUGCUCGAGGAGUUCCUAGACUUUCUUCUAUCAAGUCUUCACUGAAUACUGUGAACCAUCAGUUGAUAUCUGAACCAAUCAGUGUCCCAUUAGUAACAGUUGAGGAGGAAAAGAUGUUACAAGAGGCAAGCAAAAGAAAGAGAACUCCUUGUGUUAGCAAGAGUCAAGAUUUUGAUUCUGAAUACUUUCGGGCAAGAAAAUGUGACCCUCUGAGCAAAAGCAGCGAGUAUUUCCGUGGAGUGAGAAGAAGCAAAUCAGCUGCAGUGAAAAGGUAUUCUUCGGGUUUUCCGCUUCUUGAUUUUGUUAUCGACAAGGAAAAAGUGUUGGAUGUGAUCGAUCGGGUGGAUGUGCCAAGAGAUUAUAAAGCAUUGUUGAAAGAAGGUAGCUUGAGCUUCUAAUGGAGAGUGUUUUUGUUGUCUCAAGUGCUUCUUCUGAUGCAUACAUGUUUGGUUGUACAUAAGAGCAUAAAAGAAGCUUAUGAAAGAAGUUGUAUUGAGACAUCAUGUUGUUAGAUCAUUUGCAAUAUUUCAAUAUAGUGAUAUGUUUCCAAAAA